AUGGAGCCAGACAGGACUCAGAUAAAACUUGACCCUAGGUACACAGAAGAUCUUCUGGAGGUGCUGAGAACCAACUAUGGCAUCCCUUCAGACUGCUUCUCCCACCCCCCCACUGCAACCCAGCUCCUGAGAGGUGGAACAGGUGGGAUCUGGGAUGUGAAGAGCAGGCACUGGGCAUUCCUGGAGCAGGGAUGGGGACAGAAUGAAUUGGCAGGCUUCCCAGAUACUGCAGGGAACUGUAUCUGGCAGAAUUCAAGGUUACUGGUGGAGGAGGAGAAGACAAUUGAGAGGGUYGGGCAGAAUCUACCUUCCCCUUCUACUCUAGCAUCGGGCCCUGUGGAAAUUACCCUCCUGGCCAUCAUGACCUCUCUUUCCCUGGGUUCAAUUGCCAUCUUCCUGGAGGAUGCUGUCUAUCUGUACAAGAACACCCAUUGCCCCAUCAAGAGRAGGACUCUACUCUGGAGCAGCUCUGCACCCACGGUAGUGUCUGUGUUCUGUUGCUUUGGUCUCUGGAUCCCUCGUUCCCUCAUGCUUGUGGAGAUGGCCAUAACCUCGUUUUAUGCUGUGUGCUUUUACCUGCUCAUGUUGGUCAUGGUAGAAGGCUUUGGUGGUAAGGAGGCAGUAUUGAGAGCUCUGAAGGACACCCCAAUGAGGGUUCAUACAGGCCCCUGCUGCUGUUGCUGCCCCUGCUGUCCUCCACUCUUGCUCACCAGAAAGAAGCUUCAGCUGCUAAUAUUGGGCCCUUUCCAAUAUGCCUUCUUCAAGAUAACACUGAGCCUGGUGGGACUGUUCCUCAUCCCUGAUGGCAUCUAUGAUCCAGCAGAUAUUUCUGAGAAGAGCACAGCUUUAUGGAUCAACACUUUACUUGGUGUGUCCACCUUGAUGGCUCUCUGGGCCCUGGCCAUCCUUUUCCGUCAAGCUAAGCUGCACCUGGGUGAGCAGAACAUGGGAGCCAAAUUUGUUCUUUUCCAGAUGCUUCUCAUCAUGACUGCCCUGCAGCCUGCCAUUUUCUCCAUAUUGGCCAAUGGUGGACAGAUUGCUUGUUCACCUCCAUUUUCCUCUAAAACCAGGUCUCAAGUGAUGAAUUGCCACCUCCUUAUACUGGAGACUUUCCUGAUGACUGUGUUGACGCGAAUGUACUACCGAAGAAAAGACCACAAGGUUGGGUAUGAAACUUUCUCGUAUCCAGACCAGGACUUGAACCUCAAAGCCUGAGGAGAAUGGCUUGGACAAUGAUGGGGAGAGAUGCUGUACGCAUUUGGAGAACAUGAGAUCUUCGCUGUUCCUCACCUUCACCAAAUGGGAAAGAAUCUCAUUGUCAGCACAAGCUAACGGAUUACACUUGACUAUAGAGAUGAAGGCAAAUUAUGCAGUAGAAUGAAACUGUUUUGGAUAUUGCMCAGGGAAGGUAUUUUAAGUUUUGUAAUAAACAGGAUACAAUCUGAAACUCUGUAACUACUAGGCACAUUGCCUCUGUGGAUGCCACUAAUUAUUAACCCUGAAAAUUUGUAUGCUGAAAGUUCACUCUGAAUUUUUCCAAAGCAGAAGAGAGGAGGAAGAAUAUACAGUUGUUGUUUGAUAUAAUAACAGGAGAAGACCUUGGCUGGGCAAUAUAACCCAACAUCUCAAAGAAGCCAGGCUUCCAGUGAAUGGUUGGAAGGUUUUCUUUCAGUUUUUUGUGCCAAUUAGCAAAAGUAAUCACCUGAUAAUAUUGUCAGGAAGCUUGAUUUUGAGGAGARAUUAGGACUCAAAAGCAAAAGAAUUGAAAAUACAAGUAAAACCCCCAAAUACAUAAAACAUCACACACAAAUAUAUCAGGUCAAAAACCCAGGAAAUGGAACACUCAUAUAAAACCACAUUGCCUUUAUUUGGCUAUAUGACAAAAGCCAAAAUAACUGAACAAGUUAAUAAUAGACAAGAAGAUGAUAUACUGAACCCCGACUGAGGAAAACCUCUCUGCAGACUCACACUGGUGAUGGCGCGGAUAUUCAUGCCAAGACUGAUAGUUCUUUCCAAGAUUUUUUUUGAGGAUUCUUAACACAAAACUUCCAACCAAUCAAUUCUCAGUGUUCAAAAUUGUCAGCGCCUCCCAAAAGAGGGUAGAAGGCCCACUUCAAAUGUAAAGGGACACAAUCUGAGUCAUCUUAAUGUUAAACCUGGAGCUUUUCUUUCUACCCUAAUCUGAAUACCAACAUAAAACUUUGGCAGAUAGAAAAAUCUUUUAAGAAAAUUAACAAAGAGUAUAAUCCCAAGAACAUAUUCUAUUUAUUUGGAAAAAUAGAAGCCAGGGACUACUUUUUAUCCCUUGACAAUCUAUGAGAGAAAACAGAACAGUUAUUAUGACUGUGAAAAAUAUAACCUUUAAAAAUACUCAUAUUGGUAAGCUUAAAAAAAAAUACCAUUCAUUUUUAAAACACUUAAGGGAGGUUUUAUUGUUUGUUUGUUUGUUUGUU